AUGAAGCCUUCCACAAAACCUGAGCCUUUCCUGCUAGCUUCCACGCUGCUCUGCACCCUCCUGGGUCUGGGGUACCCACUAAGCUGUGAGAUGUGUAUCAGGAAUGGAGCCAUAUGCAUUGGAGAAAUGAAGGCUUGCGCCCUAGACGAGGACACCUGCGUCGUCAUCAUGACUGAGACUAACAAUAAGGGCUCCGUGGACGUGACCAGCUACAAGGGGUGCUCGAAAUCCAGCAAGUGUGACCCGGCGUUCCUCUCCAUCACCGUGGCUCCAGAGAACUACAUGGGGUCCGACACGCACUGCUGCCAGAGCAAUGGCUGCAACAAGGACCCCCUGCCCGCGUUCAGGAGAAAUCUGACAAAGAAUGGCCUUCGGUGUCCUUCCUGCUUCACCUUCCUCAAGGAAACAUGCACCCCGACUGACGAAACGCUCUGUUUUGGUGAAGAAACCCGCUGUGUCACCGUGACUGGCCUCAUGCACCCUGCAGGUGUCAAAUUUGCUUCCCGGGGAUGUGCUACGGAGAACGCCUGCCACAUCAAGCCUGGGACCCUGGUGCCCUCAGGCUCUCAUUUGUUGACCAUCAAGAAGAUCAGCUGUCUUCCAAGCCCCCAGGCUUCUGGCAAAGCUGAGUGA